AUGUCCAAAUUUUUUGUCCAGGAGGAGGCAGCAGAGGUGCAGAAGCAGCUGAAGCAAGUGGACAAGCAGCUUCUGGAGGAGCACAUUGUUCGUCUCCGUGAGGAGCUGGAGUUGGCGCGGGAGAAGAAGAGCCUCAUCCAGCUGGACAGAAACAACACCCAGGAAUCCUUGGAAAAGUGCAGGGAAGAAGUGGAGCAGGCAAAAGACAAGCUGAGGCAAGCACACCAGGAGAGAGAAGAGACUCAGCAGCGCUACCAAGUGGAGAUCAGUAUUUACAAGCUGAAGCUGAAGCACAUCCUGUCUGAGCAGCACAACACCGUCUCUGAGCUGAAAAUGGAAGCUGCCACCUCCGCAUCACUGAUACAGAACCAGCACACCGAGUCAGAGCUUGAGCUGCACAGCAACAUGCUGCAGUCGGACGCCAGAGAGAAGACACUGUACCAGAAAAAGUGCAUUAAGGAAAUUAAACUGAAACACCAGGAGGCACUGUUGACGCUGACAAACAACUACGACAAGAAAUUUAGAGAACUGGAGGUGAAAUUUAAUGAGGGGAUGCAGGCGACCAUCGAGGUUGAGGAACAAAUGCAGAGGUUAGAGAUCAACAAGCUGGAUGACAGGAUGAACGCUCGAGUUGUGGCGCUGGUGGAGGAUCACGCCUGUGCUCUCAGACGAGCUGAGGAGUAUUACUCCAGCAUUCAGAAGAAAGUGCUAGAGGAUGAGAUGAUGCUGAAGGAGGAGGUAGCAGAGACGCAGAAGCAGCUGAAGCAAAUGAACAAGCAGCUUUCAGUUGCUCAGCGAGAAAACAAGCGUCUGCUCGAGUCUCUGCACGAAGCCGAGCAGAAGCUGCCCGAGUUCCAGCAGCAGGUGCACGAAUGCAACCGGACCAAGGCCAACAUAGUGGUAGGUUCACAUUGGCCAGUUCUCUCUUCCCCCACUGAGUUUACAGCAAAUCUGUUCAUCCUGCUGACAAACAAACAAAUAAAACAGACGACAGACAGGGGUGGACACGUAGCCUCCUUGAAUGAGAAGUCCGGUGCUCGUGUGAAGGCCACUGAGAAGGAGCUGUGGGAUCUGACGAUUGAGCAUGAGCUGCUGUUGCAGACGUCUGAAAAGGUUCAGAAGGAGCGUGAUGAGUUGCAGAGGAAACAGAUGAAUGUCAUGUUGGAGGUACAGCAGAGGAAUGGACUGAAACAGCUGCUGCUGGAGAGAAAGCUAGCUGCUCUGACUCAAACUGUGGAGACAAAAGAGGCUCAGCUCUGCGCCACACUCUCCACUGCCACCGCCUCAGACACUGCAGGAAGCAGCAGCGCAAACAAACUGAAGGAAACGUUGGAGUCAAAACAUGUCACUAUUGCUGCGUUAGAUGAGGACCUGGCUCGAGAGCAUCAGGAGUACAACCAGCUGCUGCAGACCUGCACCGACAGGCUCAAGGCUUUGAGCGUCUCUCUACACGACUUCCCCUUCAGGCCCAUGAAGCAGACAUUAAGAGUCAACACUACAUCGUACACAAGUGCAUGAAUAUUUAGAUUGUAUGUACGCAUAUAAUCUAAUCUUCAAAAAUGACGCCAACACUCAGUGUCAUGUAAUGUUAAUAUUCAGCCUGUUUUUUGUUCAAUAAAUAUUCCAGCAAUAUUUUUGGAAAACAAAUAAUUAGAGCACAGAAGACGUUUAAAGUCUUCUACAAAUGGACCUUUUCUAAACGUUUGUAGUUUUCACGUCCACUCAGGUCUCAACAUAUAAGGACAUAACAACAUUUUUGGAAAUAUCGGAAUCUUAUUACAACAACAUUGUCAUCUGAUGGAAACAAGUAAUCAGCUGAUGAUCACGGUUCCACUGAUGUCUUCACUCCAAACACUUCCUGUUUAUGAACUGAAAACAUCCAUUAAGACGCCACCCCCCGUCCUCUUCAGCCGAUUGAAAAGAGGAAAUGUCUCUGGAACAUCAGAUGUGUUCAAAUUUAAAAUUGGGUUUCUUGUCAUUUUCUGUCAAAAACUGAUCUGAAGAAAAAAUAAUUUAUUUUUCUUUGUUGGACCUGAUGGGAGGGAAUUGAACCCUCAACCCCAGGCAGUUUGAAGGUACAGGAAACGUAGAAUCAAUAUAUUGAUUCUAACUGAUUAUUGGCUCUUUGAGUCGAUCACGUCGAGCUGGAACUUUUGAAACAGAGCGUUGAAGCGUCACUGUGAUAACCUUGAGCUGAGCAGCAUCUCUCAGGACAGAGGAGAGGAAACUGACCUGCAACUUCUCCCUCCUUCACCCUCAGAGGAGACAACGCUCUGGUAGUUUGGAGGAGGUGGUGGUGGGGGUUGGAUUGUUUUUGGACUCAGCUGGUGCCGUGGUGACGCUGUACUCAAACACGUCCUUCUUGAAGAACGGCGAGAAGUCACAGACAGCAUGUUUGGACAGAUGGAACCUGCCUUCCGUGUCCGUUCUGAGAGGAGAGCUGAACGACGACAGCAUCACUUGGAACAAGCUCCUCGGAUAACG